GAUUUGUUUUUUUGAGCUGUCCUGUUGUCUUGUAGGAAGGUGAUCUGAGCAAUAAUCAUGGAUAGAGAGGACCGGUCUAUAUAGGCCUUCAUACGCGUCACGUUUACCCAUAUUUGUAAUUUGUAUAUGAAGCAAAAUAGGAAAAUGCACAGUCAACAUAAAUGCAAAAACAAAUACUCAGUAUGAUAUGCAGCAAUCAUCGAAUUUUUCAUACAACAAUUCACUUAAUACUACGAAUACAAAAGUUACAAAAUUAAACCCCGGCAACGAAACAUUGGUAUCAAAACUACUAGUCAUAUCAUAUCAUCAACACUGUUACACGUCCCACUGCUGGGCAUGGGUGUUCAUCAUAAAAAUCUUUAUAAAUAUUGUACUACAUCACACUUGCUGCAUCAUGUUCUAUAUGAUAUAUUUGAAGAGAUCUUUUAAAGGAUUCCGGAGAUCAAUUAUUCAACUUCGUGCCCAGCGCUGCAUCACAAAGAGAUUUAUCUCCAAAUGGAACGCGGCUCGGAUUGGGACGCAAAAGAAAAUCCGAAAAGACUACAUGUUAUACAUAUAUAAAAAAGCGACUUCGGAGUGGUGCGAGCAAGGUUAUUAAAAUA